UCAGAAGCCGUUCUUUUCAAAAAUUUUCUGUUGGCGUGUUGAUGGUAUUGAAGUCAACAGGCUUGUGAGGCGAGCUGUGGUUUGAGCCCAGGGCUUUGUCAAGCCUCUAAAGCCAAAGUCGAAUUUGUAUGCAGUCCGAAAAUGUCGUUCCCACGUGCAAAAAUUACACGCUUUAAUGACGUUCAAAACAUCACACCUGCUGUUGGUAGCUACAACCCGCAGCUACAAGUGCACACUCCAUCAACGAAGUUCGGCUUGCCUGCCAGAUCACGGAGCGCUUUGUCUACACCCUCAUCUUCGGUGUCUUCGACACCUGACUGUUCCUUCAAGAUCCCACAUACACCGGGAAGUCGUGCAGAAAGAAACGUAAAGCUAAAGCUAGAUCUCCAAUCCAGCACUGAAAACUUGUCUGAAAUGCAGUCUGCAUUCGAACGUGAACUUGCAGGGGCAUCAGAACUUCCUUGCAUUAACUGCAGCAAAUUUCAAGAUGACUUGGAGCAAGCGAUAAUCAGCAGAGUUGACUUGGAACAAAAAUUAAAAAUGAUGGAAGAGUCUGUACUAGAGGUUACACAACAAAGAAGCGAUCUAGAACAGUUAGCUGUUGAUGUAAAACAGCAAGCUGAAGUCUUAAAAUCAGCACUAGCUGAAAGAGAGAGUGAAAAAUGUGAGUUAGCAGGAAGGCUGGCGGAUGUGAUGCGUGAGAGAGACUAUUUGCUUUCCAAAUGUGACAAAUUUGAGCAAGUUUCUAAAGCAGCGACUAAGUUGGAAAGUGUCAAUGAAGAGCUGACAUGCAAGCUUGAAAGUAUUCAGCACAAUAUGAAUGAAGUUACCCAAGAGAAAAACGGUCUGGCAUUGAUGUUAGAGGAACUCGAAGUAGAAAAGGCAGUUCUGAAAGAGAAUUUGGACAAAUCAGAAGCGCUGAUUGCAUCUUUAACUCAGAAAAAUAGCCAACAGACUUUCGAGCUAAAAAGUGAAAUAACAAAAAACAAGCACCUGGAUGAAUGCUUGAUUGAAGAGCACAAGAAAGUUGCCUUGCUGCAAUCACAGCUGGAAACUGGGGCUUCAGAGGUUGCUUUGCUGAUAUCAGAUCAAAAGGAGUUGAAGGAAAAGCUCACUUAUGUUGAAGAAGACAGAAAUUUGCACUCCAUGGAAAGCACCAAGUUAUCUUCACAGGUUGCAGAACUUUUGAGUGAAAAGCAACACUUGGAUCGGAAGCUGCAUGAUGCAGAAGAGAUCAGCGUUUUGCUGCAAGCAGAAAUUAACAAAGUUUCUGCUGAGCUCAAAGCUGAACUAUCUAAUAAGAAUGAGAUGGAACAAACACUGGCCUCUCUUAAGCUUGAAGCUAAUGAACUCCAUAAUAUGGUACAUCAGGGUGAAACGUCAGUCACAGAACUGGAGGCUUGCAAAAAAGAUCUUGAACAGAAACUUGUUGCAGCAGACAAGCAGUUAGCAGAGGCAUUCAAAGAUCUAAGUGAACUUUCUGCAAAUUUUGAGACAAUGAAGAAUGACAACGAAAGUUUGAGCAGAAAGCUGAGGGCAGCAGAGUUAAAUGCUGCAUCUUUCUCUUCAGUAAACAGUGAACUGCUUGCAAAACUUAAUGACGCAAAGGAAAAGUCUGAUGAACUACAAGAAUGUUUGGCUCAAAAGGACGCAGAGAUCACUGAAAUGAGCUUGGAACUGAUAUCGGAGAUCGACAGAAUGAAAACUUUCCAAAGGGAGCUUGAACAACAGCUGCUGUCUGCUGAAGAUUCCAGGAAUGUGUUGUGUAAGGACGUGGAAGAGCUUAUGGGUGAAGUAGAAGUACUCACAGAUGAAAAAAGCCUUCUGAGCACAAAGGUUUCCGAUGCUUGCAUAGAGAUUGCCUCUAUGAAGGAAGAUGUGGGCAAACUCCAUUCUAACCUCGAAGAUGCAGAAAAAAGGGCUUCUGACUCAGAAGUAGCAAGAAGGAAUCUUGAAGAACAGCUAAUAGAGAGGACAACAAGAAUACGAGAACUAGAUGAUCGACAGAGUCAGCUUUCCGGGACCAUUGCUAUGCUCGAGAGAGAAGCUGCCCUUCACUGCGAGAAGCUACAAGAAAAUGAAAAGGGCUUGGUUACAUUGUCAGAAAAGAACCGCCUGCUUCUUGAUGACCUAAAAGCUGAACAGGCGCUGAGUGCAGCUUACAAGGAAUCUGUAGUAAAACAAUGUAACAAAGCCCUACAACUGCAGUCAGAGUUGGCAAGUGUCACUGCAACUGCAGCGUACGAACGGAAGAACCUGAAAAGAAGUGUAGAUGAAGCCAUCAAGACUGUAGAAGAACUCCGCCUUGCAAACAGCAAACUUGUCAACAACGAAAAGUCCCUUCUGGACGACAAGCAACAAGUGGUGAGGCAGCUUCAGGAAGCCCUAGCAGAGUCAGCCAAUUUGCAAAUGCAACUAAAUGAGGCAUGUGAGAUACUCAACAUUGAAAAAGCAGAGAGAAAUAAACUUGAAGUGGAGAUGGGCCGUCUCAAAGAGAGCACAGCUAAACUGCAAAUGAUGCUACAAGAGACUUGUGCCAACUUAACUGGCUCAGAAAUGCAGCUGGCACAACUGCAAGGAAAGAUGGAGAGUGCAGAAAGUAUGAUAGCUCUCCUGCGGCAGGAGAAAGAGUGUACUUCGGAACAGCUCAAGGUUGCUCAGCAUGAAACAGCCACAGCAGCUCAGAAAUUGAAAGAGUUAGAGCAAAACAUAAUUGCUUUGAUGUCAGAAAAGGACCUUCUGACUUCCAAACUUGAUUCUGAACAAGAAGAGUGCAAUACUUUGAAAGCAUUGCUACUUGAGAAAGACUCAAAAACAUUGGAACUCGAAUCACAGUUGUCACACUUUUCUGUUGAAGCAGCUGCCAAAGAACAGUUAUGCAAUGCAAUGAAACAAAAGAUUGAAUGUUUGGCCGCCACCAAUGAAGAGCUGAAACGUGACAACAACAAAACUGCAGGUCAGGUUGUUACACUGCAGGUAGAGCUACAAAAUGCAAAUGCCUGCGCUCAAGUCGAAAAAACAAAAAGGACAGAACUCGAAGCAAAUCUGAAGGAGUCGCAAGCCCGUGGUGCCGUACUUGAGUCCCAUCUACAAGAUAUUGCAAACAAAGCCAAUGCCUUGCAUGCAUGCAAAGUGAAUCUGUCUGAGCAGGUUGCAUGUCUUCAGCAGCAACUAGUGCAUGCUAAGGAGGACUGCAAUAACAUGCAUCUUGAAGUAAGGGAACUGAAACAGUCUCUCGAGCAGCUGUCCUCUAGCAAUGUGGAAAAUGAGCGUCAUGUCAAGAAAUACACAACAGUGUGCCAGCAUCUCGACAAAGAAAAUCGCCAUCUGUCUGACGAGCUCAAGAAGCUUAAGGAGGUCAAGGAAGAGUGCAUUUCAGAUAUGAAGCUCAGGCUAAGGAAGGCAGAAGCUGAUGGGGAGAAGUGGCAGAAGGCAUACGAGUUACUCAUGGCGAAAGUGGGUCCCUUUGAGGAACAACUCAACAUGUAUCAGCUGGAAAAACAAGCACUUGAAGAACAGAAUGAAGCAACGACAUCCCAACUCUCUGAGGUCUGCAGCAAGUAUGCAAAGCUUCUGGGCCAUCAAAACCAUCGCCAAAAGAUCCAUUAUGUUGAUAAACUGGCUCAGCAAAAUUUGCAAAUGAAGCAGGAAUUGUUCAAGCUCCGUGAGCAGACUCAAGUGCAAAGAGUUCAAAUUGGCAAGCUGGAAAUAGAACUGGUGCGGGCAACAGGAAAACGACAUGGGAACGAAUUAAAGGAAAACAUUCAUCCUGCAUCAUAGUUGCAGCUUCGAAGCUUCUGUACAUAUAAUUAUGUAUUUUAGAGUUUGAUUGUUUUAGAUUUCAUUGACGAGGAAUGCCAUCACGUCUUCCUCUGAUUGCAUGCUUCAUGUUUUAUUGCUCUGGUCAAUAACCGUACCCCCUUUUAACCAUAUGUUCUUGUGUUUCGAUUGUAUCUUGUCAAUGUUUUCAUCUUAUGACAUGCAUAGUGCAUUGGAAGAAAAAUAAAAUAACUUCUCAUUGGCAAAUCA